UUUCCGCAGUUUCUCUCUUUCGCUUACGAAAAUCGCAUCUACGUGUUCACCAAUGUAUGAUCUUUCGAUCCAAUGUAAUUUUGAUCCUUAACUUUGUGUUUUUUUACCGAGUUUGACCCACCUGAUCGACUCACUGAGUUGGGACUUCUUUUUUGUUGUUGGAGAAACUAAUGUUGGAGGGAAUGGAGAGUUCCGUCAAUGGCGGUGGUUUCUCUCAGUUACAGAGUUGCGGUGACAGUAGCGAAGAAGAGCUAUCGGUGUUGCCACGUCACACCAAAGUGGUUGUCACCGGGAAUAACCGUACUAAAUCGGUUCUCGUUGGUCUUCACGGCGUGGUCAAGAAGGCUGUCGGACUUGGCGGGUGGCAUUGGCUGGUUCUUACAAAUGGCAUAGAAGUGAAGCUGCAAAGAAAUGCACUCAGCGUAAUUGAAGCACCUACUGGUAACGAAGAGGAUGAUGAUCUUGAAUUCGAAAACAUGCAGUGUAAUGAAUCAGACAUGGCCUCCGAUGACACUCAAAAGUCCCACAGGUCGAGGCAUAGAACACAUAAAUCGACCGGUUCUUCUCACAGGACUACGAGCAGGUCUCUUUCUUGUGACUCGCAGUCUAAGGGGUCUGUUUCCACUACCCGUGGCUCCACGAAUGUUGAUCUCAGCAAACUUGAGAAAACUGCUUUAUGGAGAUAUUGGCGACACUUCAAUCUUGUGGAUGCUAUCCCCAAUCCAUCAAAGGAGCAACUAGUUGAUGUUGUUCAAAGGCAUUUUGUGUCACAGCAAAUGGAUGAGCUGCAGGUCAUUGUGGGAUUUGUUCAGGCUGCGAAGAGAUUGAAGACUGUUUGCAAAUGACCCGGAUAAGAAUGUUGAGUUCGGCCGUCAACGCUAACAGAAACUCGGUAUCCCGAUAUCUUCACUUGGUAGGAUGUCUGUAAUAUAUACGGUAUUCGUGGCUUGCUUCUUCCUUUUUUGGGUAGAUUAGUUGAUAUGUAGAUAUGAUGUAGAACUUGGUAACAAGACUUGUAAGAAAUCACUGAGACUUGCUUGGUUCAAUGUACCUCUUGACUUGAAGUGGAUUUCUGGAAAUGUAUAUAUUCUUCCU